UUCAGUUUUUUAUUCAAUAUGGCGGAGAAAGCGAGUGUAGACGGAGGCGCGGGAAAAUUAACACAACUACCUGUAGCACGGAUUAAAACAAUCAUGAAGAGUUCUCCAGAUUUGCCAAGUUUUAGUCAAGACUCAGUUUUUCUUAUAACAAAAGCCACGGAACUAUUUGUAGAUUAUCUUGCUGUCACUGCUCAUAAACAGGAGAGUGACUCAAGGCAGCUGACAUAUAAAGGCCUAUCAAAGGUCGUUGAAGACGAUGAGGCUCUUCAAUUUUUAGCAGACAUAGUACCUCCCAAAGUUCUCGUUAAAGAUUUCAUGGAAUCCUUAAAGAAGUCGAGGAAGUCUUCCAUCGAAAUUCGCAGUUCAAGUUCGGAUUCUGAGUCAGAAUAGAACUUUGUUGAUGGCAACAUUACUUCGAAUAAUGAGGGAAAAAUUUCACCUUGAGUAUGUUCAUUGGUCAAAACAAGCUGAGGAUUGCAUGGACCAGUUAUCUGAAUGGUUCAACAGCCAUCUUUCUUCUACAUAGUGUACAAGUAGUUUACCACGCAACGGUUGUACUUUCACUUCGGCGUGCACUUAUAUGUCUGCGGUGCUCGUGUAUUACAAGUCACACGUCAAACAUUUUGGAAUUCCAGCUCCAUACGGCUCCAGGGCUCCGGUGCAUAUACCUCAGUGGCGCCAGGGAACGGUGAUUGACCUUUUGGUCCGUACACCAAGAGGACAAAAGAAACACUUAGAUCCUCGGGCUCUAAUCAGGAGUUCCACGGACCUUUCAUUUGCGACUCUAUACAUUUAGGCCCCUACACAGUCCCUCACUUAGCACAGUCUGACUGUAUAUAGACGUAUUAAAGCACGUUUCUGGAUAAGACAGAGAGCUGUAGUGCUAUGUCUCUGGGCUGGGACGGUGACCGGCGUGAGCAAAUCAUAUUUCGAACCGUUCAUAGGGACAAAUAGAAAGGGAAGCGGUCAAAAUAACUAUUUUGUUCUAAAUGGCCAUGAAUUUGCCUGGUUAACAUGAUUUCGUUAUAAUCCUGUAUUUUCAACUCCUGAGGCCAUUUUUGAAUCCAAUGCAUUUUGUCAUGGCCAGUCGUCCCUUAAAGGAGAAGGUCACUCCAAAAACUGUGUAUUUUUUCCAUCACCAAUAAAAAGUUCACAUUGAGUUGAGUAA